CUAUUUGGGGAAAGUUCAUGCUGAAAAACUGAAGCAAGUACUAGAUAAAUAUGAUCAGAUUUCUCCACCAAGUCCUCAGACUGCCAAAGAGAAUCCCUUUAUGUCAACCUAAUGAAGCAUUCAAAGUCAUAUGACUCUUUUCAAGAUGAAUUUGAAGAUUAUAUUAAAGUGCAGAAAGCCAGAGGCUUAGCUCCAAAGACUUGUUUCAGAAAGAUGAGAGAGGACUAUUUGGAAAGCUGUGGGUACAGGGAAGAAGUUGAUUCCAGUCUCAGGUAUAGAAUGUUUGAUCAAAGACUCCCAUCUGGAACCAUCCAGACCUACCCAAGAUCACAUAAUAUUUCACAGACAGAAAAUCAGUUACCUCGGUGGUUCCCAGAUUAUGACAACAGGCCAAGACUAGAGUCUCUGAGCUACUGUCAGUUCCCCAGGGACUGUUUCUCAGAAAAACUAGCACCCCUGAACCUCAGUCGGCAAGAAUAUAAUCAUGGUUCAGCCAGUGUAGAAUCUAGAGGUCCUGAGCACCUCUCCUCGGGAUCCAAGACUGGUAGUCAUCAAGCCAGUCAUCAGAAGAGAAGAAGGCACUCAGAGGAAGGCAACGAAAAUCCAAAGGAGGAACGGCCCAAGCAUAAAAGGAAAAGAAGUCCUGAGGAAGUGGAUUUAGAAGAACAUGACAGCAUCCAAAGAAGAAAAACAGAGGUAGAAACUGAAACUGCCCAGGUCAGCACAGAAAAGCUUAGGGAUCUGAACGAGAAAAAAAGCCAAGAUGUAGCCUUUCAGAGAGAAGACCACCAUAAGUGUAGAAAAGAGAAAAAGGAACAAGGCAAAGAAAGAACAGAGGAUGAAAUGCUUUGGGACCAGUCUAUCCUUGAAUUUUGA